GUCGCGUUUCGCCAUCUUGUUUAACUAUUCAAUAUUAAUUUGGCUGUAUUGCGAGGAAUGUUUUUAAAAUAAUUUUAUUUAGUUAUAAGCGUGAAAAGCCUGACGAUAUCUUUAAGAGGAGUGCCUCGUAACUCACUAGACUUUAUAGUCUAGUUCACACUUUUGAAUAGCUCAUACCGCGACAAGCAUUCAGAAUGUCUGCACACGAGCAAAUGAGGGCGAUGUUGGAUCAAUUGAUGGGCACAGCUCGCAAUGGUGAAGCUGACAGGCAUGGGGUCAAGUUUUUUGAUGACUCUGUGUGCAAAUCAUUUUUACUACAAUGUUGCCCACAUGAAAUUCUAUCUUCAACGCGAAUGGAUCUAGGUGAGUGUCCAAAAAUACAUGAUCUGGCGCUGCGGGCGGAUUAUGAGUUAGCGUCAAAGACCAAAGAUUAUUUCUACGACAUUGACGCAACGGAGCACUUAGAGGCAUUCAUAGCGGACUGUGACCGUCGGACUAACGCCGCCAAGCAGCGCCUGGCCGAAACCCAAGAGGAGCUGUCCGCAGAAGUGACCGAGAAAGCUAACUCUGUCCAUGAGCUCGCGGAGCAGAUCGGCCAGAAACUGGCGAGGGCCGAGGCGCUUGGAGAGGAGGGUAUGGUGGAAGAGAGCGUCAAACUGAUGGGAGAGAUAGACGAAUUGCGUAAAAAGAAAGCAGUUGCGGAACAGGAAUACCGCAACUCAAUGCCCGCGUCGUCCUACCAGCAACAGAAGUUGCGCGUCUGCGAGGUGUGCUCCGCCUACCUUGGCAUACACGACAACGACAGGCGGCUCGCCGAUCAUUUUGGAGGAAAAUUGCAUCUCGGAUUUAUCACUAUUCGUGAAAAGCUGGCUGACUUGAAGAAAAACGUAGAUACGCGGCGGGAAGAGCGCGGCGCGUCGGAGCGCGAGCGCGGCGGGGGCGGCGGGCGGCGCCACUACGUCGGCGGCCGCGAGCUCGACCGCCGCGCGCGCCGCCACCGCGAGACUGCGCGAGAGCGCCGCGACGACCGCAAGGACGACAAGCGCGACCGGGAGCGGGGCGAGCGGGACCGAGAGCGGGGCGAGCGAGACCGAGAGCGGGGCGAGCGAGACCGAGAGCGGGGCGAGCGAGACCGAGAGCGGGGCGAGCGAGACCGAGAGCGCAAGAGGAGUCGAUCACGCAGCAAAAGCAAGCGGGAAGGUUCCCAGGAGCGGUCGCGCGACCGCGACCGCGACCGCAACCGCGAGCGCGACUCGCGCCGCAGCCGCUCGCAUCUGUCGUCGUCGCGCGACCACCGGCGGGACUAGCACCACGCUCCUAGGAUAUUCAAUACGGGACAAUAUUAUUGACGCGCCAUACGAAUCUGUAACCUGAGGGUUAACCUGUUUGAUUUUGACCUACGAAUUAAAAGAAUACUAGUGAUUAUUUGUGACGUUUUCAAGGAAAGGUAUCAUAAGAACGAAAUUUGCUUGUAUUUCUAUACGAAUAACCUGUCAGGGCGUCCUUAUGGCAAGCGAAAAUGUGGUACCUUUUUUUUGGUACAACAUAUUUAUACUAGGGGCAACUGGAGUAUCAUAGAAAUCACAGACAAAACAAAACAUUAGAUGAGCGCAGCUAGCAAGAUGACUUGAUCUUAUUUAGUUGCAUUAGCCUGGUUGCUCAGCUGUCUAUGAUUAUUCAAGCUUGUUUUAGUUGCUUCAAUACUUUUGUUGAAUAAUGAUGAAUGUAAAGAAUGCGUCAAAAUCACAUUGGGAAGAAAAAAGUAGAGUAGAUUUAAUAUAUAGUGGGUUGAAUGACGAAAAUUAUUGUAAAUGAUUUUUAAAGAAAUUAUUCAAUUUUUCGCCUUUUUCGGCGUUUAUCUAGACACGCGGUAGCGUGUCCAGCCGAGUUCAAAGAAAAAUAUGGUUUACAGGCGUAAAAUUCAUUCAUUUGUCUGAGACGAAUAUAAGUAGCUGUCUCAAGUGCUGUCAUGGUGAUUAGAAUGAAAUAAUUAACAGUUUUCACGUAUAACUACGCGGCAAAACUUAGUUAUUUAUUUUUUCCAAUUAACAAAUUAGGGUUUUUGGCAAAAUUAACGUUGUAGCCGGUGAAUCGAAACUUGAUUUUUUAUGUACGAGGUAGCCCCACGUUAGGUAUAUUUAUCCCGGAGUGAAUACUACGGCUAAAAGGUGUGACCGAAAGAAAAGUCAAACUAAAGGAUUGCAUCUCGUUUUGAUUACGGAAUUAACGGAAUUUGACAAUAAUGACGUGACGAACAACAAUAAUAUAUGCCAAUAUAACUGACUUGUGUGUGACAGUCCUCUGGUUUAGUACUCUCUUUCGGAUAGUGUUCUCUAGUCUCCUCAGAUCACCUGUCUAACCUGUCUUGCUCGGUGAUAAGGAUCAAUAGCUAAAUGUAACACUCCGGGUCUAAAAUUAUCCGUGGGUAGCCUCUUGAACCUUCAGUAUUGCCAUCUAUUACGAAAAAAAUUCUGAUUUAGGUUUUAGCAGGUUCAGUUUCGUCAUAUCUAACUAUUUCCAUCUUUCUUAACCCUUUAACCGCUUAAAUUUUUGCAUCGAGCGUGCUCGUGUCGCCGCCGGUACGAAGUUACAGAGGUGUAUAUAGUUUAUCAGACUGCGACGAAAUGAGCUCGAUAUGUUACGUCUUAUAUAUCAGACUACGGUGUUUAAAUGGUUAAUUUAAUUUGAAGUAAAAUAAUUCGAAGCCGGUUCUUGCGCGACUGUUUAAAGAAUAGGAACUUUAGUGUUAUUAAUGUUUAGGUUAGUUGUUUUGUUUUAAAAUAGAAAAUAUAGCAAAAAUUAAAUAAAGCAAUAAGGACACGCACUAUUUUUGUUUAAUGUUUUGUUAGUAUUUCAUACAAAACUUUUAUUUGUAAUAGGUUUACCAAUAAGUAAGUGUAAAAGGUUUUAUGUAUCAGCUCACAUGUUUGUGUUAAAAUCGGAUCGGGAGUAGGUAGCAAUUUGUACAAAGAUUUCUGCUUUGCACUCGUUGAUUUAAUAAAUUUUUACCCAUUAAA